CUUCUACAACUCAUAAGCAACCCCAACCUUCCUCUAAUCCUCCAUCUAGUAAUCACCAAUAUCAAGUCUCUUCUAUAAUAGAAUUAAUAGAACCAAUUCACCCUAAUGUAGUUGCACAAAAAAAUGUUGUAGAAACAAUUAAACAAGAACAGCUUAAAAAACUCAAAAGACAUACAUCUAAUCAGCAAAAAUCUCAAGAAAAAAAAUUAAGAGUACUUAACGAAGAAAGUAUUGUUGUAAGAUAUGACUCUCCUGGAGAAGCUGAUGUACAAAGAAGACGUAAAAUUAUUAAGGUUAGAACUGUACAGUAUCUUCGAGAUACCUUAGAAGACAACUACAAUAUAUAUAUAUCCCGUACUAGUAUGAAAAACUACAUUUUAUCUCAUUCAAACUGUAGCUUAACUUCUAGAACCUACUAUCAUCCUACUUUCGUUGAAAUUGCCAGCAUUUCAAGAGAUAAAAAGAAGAAUUAUGUAGAUGAGUAUUACUGUCUUGUAUCUGUGAGAAAUGCAAAACAGUGUGCUCUGACUUUUGCUGACUUUGCUGUAGUACUCUCGCAAGAUGAUAAAGCAAAAGUUCUAGUCGGCAUUCCAGCAGUAGAAAAACACUUUCAGACUAUGCAAUCCAUCAAUAAACUAGUAUCUGUUUCAGACCAUGAUUUUCCUAUUAGUAUAUCACAAAAACUAAUACCAUCUGUCUAUUUAAUGAUAAAUCCUAAAGAAUCAAAUGAAUCAUUACAAUAUAGACAGUUGGCAAUCUUUAUUAGAGCUCAAUAG